CAACUACACAAACAUUUCUUUCACUAAAAUCUCAUCGAAAACACAUUCAUUUUGUGUAUAGAGACCAAGAGUGUGUUUUGUAGAUGGCGAAGAAGGAGCGGUCUCUAGAGGAAACACCAACAUGGGCUGUUGCCGUGGUUUGCUUUUCAUUGGUUGCAAUAUCAAUAGUAUUGGAAUAUGGCCUUCAUCUCAUUGGACAUUGGUUGAAGAAGAAAAACAAGCCAGCUCUAUGUGAAGCACUUGAGAAGCUUAAAGCAGAGCUGAUGGUGAUGGGAUUCAUAUCAUUGCUCCUCACUGUUGGACAAGCACCCAUUUCAGGAAUAUGUGUUCCAAAUAAUGUUGGAAGGUCUUGGCAUCCUUGUGAGAAAGAUAAAAAGGAUGAAUAUGAUGAUAAGUGCAUAGAAAGGGGACAAAUAACAUUAGUAUCUGCUUAUGGGAUUCACCAGUUGCAUGUGUUCAUCUUUGUCUUGGCCAUUGUUCAUAUACUUUAUUGUAUUACUACUUUGGGAAUUGGUACACUCAAGAUGAGAAAAUGGAAGAAAUGGGAAGAUGAGACAAAAACAAUUGAGUACCAAUAUUAUCAUGACCCGGAAAGGUUUAGAUUUGCGAGGGAUACAUCAUUUGGUCGCAGACAUUUGAAUUUUUGGAGUCAAUCGAAAUUUCUACUAUGGAUAGUGUGUUUUUUCAGACAAUUCAUCACAUCCGUGACAAAAGUUGAUUACAUGACCUUAAGACAUGGUUUUAUUGCUGCACAUUUAGCACCACAAAGUCAAAUUAAUUUUGAUUUCCAAAAAUACAUCAACAGAUCACUAGAAGAAGAUUUCAAAGUGGUAGUAGGAAUAAGCCCACUUAUAUGGCUUUUUGCAGUGAUGUUCUUUCUGACCAACACCCAUGGAUGGUUCUCAUAUCUAUGGCUACCAUUUAUCCCUCUUAUUAUAUUACUAGUGAUAGGAACAAAGUUACAAUUGAUCAUAACAAGACUAGGGCUAAGAAUUCAGGAAAGAGGUGAAGUGAUUAAGGGUACCCCUGUGGUUCAACCUGGAGAUGACUUGUUCUGGUUCAAACGACCCCGUCUCAUCCUUUUAUUCAUCCAUGUUGUCCUUUUCACGAAUGCAUUUCAAAUUGCGUUUUUCAUUUGGAGUUGGUAUUCAUUUGGGUUGAGAUCAUGUUACCACCAGAAGAUUGAAGAUAUAACCAUAAGGCUGACAAUGGGUGUGGUAAUUCAAGUUUUAUGCAGCUAUGUCACACUUCCUCUUUAUGCAUUGGUAACACAGAUGGGCUCCUCUAUGAAACCGGUAAUUUUCGGAGAUAAAAUUGCAACCGCGUUAAAAUCAUGGCGCCAAAUAGCCAAGAAGAACGCCAAGAACAACCAUUCCAAUUCCAACACACCAUUCUCGAGUCGCCCGGGGACUCCCUUACAUGGAAUGUCGCCCCUCCACCUCCUUCGUGGACACGAUCAACGUCACGACAACUCUAGCCCGGGUAAUGUCGAAAGCCUUCAAAACACACGAAGGGCGGUUGCUAAUUCCUCCAAUCAUGACGAUUGGGAUGACGUGGAGAUGCAAUCGUCGCGUGGAGGGCGUGACGUGGACGAAUUCGAUGUGAGAAAGGAAUAUGUUGAUAGGGAACAUAGGCUUCGAUCAAUGUCAAUGGAUGAUGGCUUAAAAGGUAGGACGAAUCAACAUCAUGAUAUUGAUAUUCAAUCCAAAGAAUUUUCAUUCAACAAGGAUGGGCCCUUUUGAUCAUCUAUAAGUUUGGUAUUAUAUACAACUUAUUUUGCUUUUUGUUUGCAAAGUUUUAAUUGGAGCUGUUGUAAUUUAUUGCCCAAUUGAGAAUGAUCAUGACAGCUAUAAUUAUUAUAAUGAUUUUUUCUUUAGAAA